ACGAAUCGUGCAUAAUGUAAAGUAACAAUCGAUGUUGUCUCUAAGAAAUUCACAUAUUUCUUGCGGAUAUUACCAUGCGUCAUUACACACUUUAUUGUAAAUAAAAAACUAUUUCCAAAAAAUACAUUAAAUACAUACAUGCCUCAUCAGAAUAUAGAGUAAACAUAAAAAAUUAUAAGUUUAAACAUUCUACAAUAUGCAUUUUAUGCAUGAGUAUCAAAGAGAAAAUUUGUGGAAACCUGGAGUAAUGUCCAGCAUUAUAACAAAGGGAUUGUAGACGACGACAAACAAUUCUAGACAAGGUAAAAAUGGACUAAAAAUAGGUAAAACAGACGCGUCAAACAACAACCGAUGGAACAACUAAUACUGUAGAGUAUUAGUAUAAGUAAUGUCGUUACUAUCGAUUAGAAUCACCGAAUGAUUUUUCUUUUAAAUGACUUUAUUUUCCUGCAAUCCAUGCCGAUUUUUUACACCGCAAAUGAAACAAGAAACCUCUAGCUAAAAUACCAAAUAUGAAUGACCACGAUGUAAAUGAUUUAUGAAUGAGCUUGAAUAUACAUAUUAAACGCGCUGAAGUCAAUGAAGAGAUACAAAUGAAAGGAAAUUGUAAACUAAGCUUAAGUAAUAUGUAGUCCUGAUAGAUGAUGCCAGUGUCGGAAAAUGUUAAAGCUUUUGCUCCGCGAAUAUUACCACAACUGCGAAGUGUUGACUGCUACGAAAAGUCUAACAGAAAUCCCGGUAAAUAAAUUAUUGGUCAUUGUUUAUACCAAUAGCAACAGAAAUUCCAAUCAAGCAUUGAGAACAUAUGCGAAAGCUAUCCUUGCAUUUAUAAAUCCUGGAUUGAGACAUUUCUACACCGUGUGAAAGCAACGGUUGAUAGUAAGUGUGUAUGUGUGUAUGUAUGUAUGUAUGUAUGUAUGUAUGUAUGUAUGCGUGCUUUUGUUUGUUAGAGUGUGUCUGUGAUAAGGUAUCCAGGUAUGAUUAUGAAAAAAGGAUACAUUCAAGUCACAUUCUUACGAAUUGCGAGCAUAGGAAUUUUCGAUAAAAUCAUUGUGCACUGCAAAUGACCGGCAAUCGCUAACAUCAUACAUAAUAAGCAAACAUUUAAAAUACACAACCCAACCAUAACGACGAAAAAGUUCUCCAGCUCCUCUUAACGGAAUAUUACAGACAGCCAAAUCCAAAGCAACGAUUGCUGCAUUUAUGAAAGUAUAUUUCAUGAAAAUCUGUGUUUACUAAUGCUAUUCUUAUUAACCAUAAAAAGUACACCCGAUUCAAUAUGAAAGAAGUAGCUAGAAAAAGAAUGGAAACAAAUCAUUGCAGCAAAAUUUGAAAACAGCAAAAAAAGCAUCGGGUGUGUGUGGCUUGCAAAUCCCUAUUUACUGUGUGCAUUAAAUGAAAUAACUAAAUGCAUAUUAUCCGCUGCUACUGGAGUGCUUUUUGCCAAUUGCUUCAAGAACAAAAAAGUGAAAAAUUACUGGAACUAUCGCGACAUGAGAUAGUUUCAAACGUACCUCUUGAAGGUAGGAAGGGAGAGGAAGGAAAACCCUAUGAUACGCCUACCUUAGUUUAAGAAUGUAUGCCAAAAAAAAUCUGAAAUUCGACAAAAAAAAAAUAAACAACUGCAAAUGCUUGA